CUUUCUUAUGAUGUAGAACUCGUACUAUCUCGAGUGUUCUCGCUUCUCUGAUUUUGACCCUUUUGGUUUUUUUCCCCCUCUCCCGAAACCCAAGUCGUCAAUCAAUCAAUCGUUUCUUUGAGCCCCCAAAGUCUGAAUCUUGUUUUCUUUUUUCUUGGUUUCGUGUCUGAGUGUAAUCGGAGUCGGACUGCCAUGGCUAAGAGCUUAUUCAAGCUGGAGCACCCUCUCAAGAAGAGGCAGGUUGAAUCUGCACGAAUUAGAGAGAAAUACCCUGAUAGAAUUCCGGUUAUCGUGGAGAAGGCCGAAAGAAGUGACAUUCCCGACAUUGAUAAGAAAAAAUACCUUGUACCUGCCGACUUGACUGCUGGGCAGUUUGUUUAUGUUGUUCGGAAAAGGAUCAAGCUCAGUGCUGAGAAGGCUAUAUUCGUCUUUGUGAAGAACACUCUACCUCCUACAGCUGCACUGAUGUCUGCAAUUUAUGAGGAAAAUAAGGAUGAGGAUGGUUUCCUCUACAUGACUUACAGUGGAGAGAACACUUUCGGUUUCGGGAAGCACCAAGAGCUAUAGCUUCACUUUGUGGAUAAAUCCGAAAUGUGUAAAUUCUUCCUCUUUCAACUUUGCCAUGCUACACUCUUGCCUAUACUUUUCAAUGCAUAGGUCAGAUUCUUCAAAGUGAUAUUAGGGAAGGCACUCUGAUGAUGCUACUCUUCUACUAGUGAAUGCGUAGUUUGUUGGCUC